GCCCUAGACAUGCGCGCUGCUAGCCUCGGGCCUCGCGCUGCGGCAGUUUUCCGUGAACGGGACCCUCAGAGAUUAGGACCAGGGAAAAGCGAGUUCGGAGAAAACGGCUGUGCGGGAAAGCCCCCUCCACCCGGACCCUCUCUUCGGAGUCUCUCGGACUUUCGCGGGCGGAGCGGGGGUUCGAGCCUCAGCGACGGCGGCCAUUGGCGCUUUGGGGUGACGGGGAGGAGGAGGGAGGCUCGGAGCCGCCGCCUCCUCCUCUUGGGUGUCCCUAGUGGCCCGCAGCCCUUUACUGACGGGGAAGAACCUAGCUUCAUCCCGGUGGAAAAGAAACCUUUGGCGUCUCGAACGGGCGUGGGGGGGGGCGGGUUAGGUUUGGGCACGAGGUGUCGCGGGGAGAGCCCCGGGUCUGGAGUCACCAGUUCUAAAGCAGCCUCCCUGAGCCACUCAGCCUCAUGGGAUCUCUCAGAUUUCUCAUCUGCAAAGUAAAGGGGCCUAACGAAAUCCGGAAUUCUUCACCUGGGGGUUCCCUAACUUUAAAACCCCUUUUCAUGACUCGUAGAUAGAAUUGGUUUCCCCUAUGAGCCUCUGGGUCUUAGGGCGUUUAGAAACACGAUCUUGAGCAGGGGCACCAGACCUACACCUCAUUUCCCCUUGUCCUGACUUCCUUUAAGGCCCAGCUGAAAGCUCACCUAAUUACAGAAAACCCCCUCUUCAUUCCAGUAGUGCCUUCCCUAGGUAUAAGGAUUUCCCAUUUAACCGGCAUAUACCCCCUUGGUGUGUGUAUGUGUGUGUGUGUGUUUUAACCUUUUAUCUUCCAUCUUAGAAUCAAUACUGUGUAUUGGUUCCUAGGCGCAAGGGCUAGGCAAGGGAUAUUGAAGUGAUUUGCCCCCAGGGUUGAACAGCUAUAUAUUUUUGGAUGUUGUCUCCUCCAUUCCAUUGUAAGCUCCUUGAGGGCAGGGACUGGCUUUUUAUCUGGUACGUUAAAGACACUUGAUAAGUGAAUUAAAUAGAUUGAUACAAAGAACAGAAGAACCUCUGGACUAGAUUUUACCUAAGCUUCCUUUCAGCCCCACAUUUAAUCCUGUAACUAAUGAAUAUUAAGCUAUCCUGUAAUCUACUGGUCCUGUCUUUCCUCUUCCCCUGAUUUAACCCAGUGCAUACAGUGGAAGUAUAGAUGGGCCAUAGAACCCUAUGACCUACUGAUCUUCUUUGACCUCCUGGCCCCAAAACUUCUUUGGCAUUUCCUGUGGCGUACAGAGACAUGAAAGAAAAAAAGGAAGUGGGAACCAAAUAGCAGCCCAACCCAAGUGACUGCAUCUGCCACAACUCCCUCCCUAGGCACCUCUUUUCUUGGAAGUCUGCCUCUCUGAUUGCACCUUCCCCAAAGGAAACAUUCCCAGGGGACAGGGUUAUGCAGCUGGGAAAACUCCCUCAGCCCCAGGAGCUGAAUUACAUCUCCCAGGAAAUGUGGAUGGAAAAGGGCUUUUCCCCCUUCAGAAGGGAAACAGUUAUGUUUCCCUUCACCCCACUAACAUAAAUAAUCCAGAAGGGAAAAUGCCAUAGGCAAUACCUCUUACAAAAAGGUUUCAGAUAAUAAAGAAACCCCAAGGUGCCCCCUAUGUUAUUAUUACAAUAACAAGUAUGAUAGUAUUAUUACUACCAUUAUCAAAGAGCACACAGAGACAUGGAGGAAUACAUCUCUAACCACACAGGGGUCAGAUCGAAAGUAUCCUCUCUCCAGCUAUGUGACCCAAAGACAAUGUAGAAUUGAUUUAAAAUUCAGACUAUUUUGGACAAGGGUUUGGAUUAGAAAUGUUUUAGCCUGAGAAACACCUUGAUUUAGAAUGUCAGUCAAGACUUGACAAACAUUAAGUGCCUAUUAUGUACAGGGGUGGUACCCCCCACCCCAUACAAGAAGAGGCAAAAGACAGUCCUUUCCCUCAAGUACCUCCCAAUCUAAUGGUUGCUUCCCAACUUCAGAAGUGUUAGGGUCUCUCAGCCUCUGACCAAUUGCUGCAUGUAGCCACAACAAUCCUAGCAAUACUCUGAGUGCUCCUGAACCAGAUUUAAGCUGUAACUAGGAAAUAUUUAAAUAAAAAUACAAUAAAACAGCAUUACAUUUUAAAAACAAGUAUAUGGUCAGCAGAGAUUCUGAGGCAGUAUCGAUACCCCCCCCUUUCUAUUUCGAUCUGACAUCACCAUGUAGUUCUAGAGGAUUAAAUAUUACAGAUACCCCCAUCCUUCCCCAGUGGCCCUCCACCCUUAUUUUGAAACUAUAUAAUAAAAGUUUCAAAGUCGAAGGCUCUCAGAAUUAGAGGAUCAACUUUCUGCUUCCCAUCCUUAACUCUUAAGACUUUAGAAUAGGUCUUGGAAUGAGAGAGACUAUUCUAACAGAGCCCUAGGCUAAAAUAGCAUUAGGCUCCUCAGACACCCCUUCACAGAGUUCAGACAAGUCCAGACUCCACAGAGGUCCUAAAUGACCAAGUACCUAAGUUUUAACCUUGAUUCCCAGCCACUGGCCUCCCUCCUUCCCCCCCCCCCCCACCCCAGAUGAAGGGUCAGUUGGAUCAGGAGCCUUGGAAAGGCCAAAUGUGAGGGGUGUCCUGAUGAUUUGCAUAGUGGUCAAGCCCUAGCUGACGUAAGGGACCUUGGCAGCUCCAGGGCGGGUGGAUAAUAGUCCCAUAGCUGUCCCAACAAUCUGGCUUCUUAGCCUGCUCCUGUGGUUCCAGGAAGUGAAACAAGGCUGCUGAGCCUUCAUUCAUCUUCAGUUCAUCUUGAUGCCUGCUAUGCCAAGUCAUCCCCAAUCCCCCUAGACUCCUAAGUCCCACUUCUAAGGGCUUGUAGACCACAUCUCUCAGGGCUGGAAGUGGUGAGGAAAAGCAGGUAUGUUUUUUGAGUGGAGAAAACUCCCUACAGGAAGAAAGGAAAGGCCUUUUCUCACACACCCCAAAACUGAUCCACCCCCUGCAAUUGAUGGUGUUUCCCACCCAAGACUUGGCUGGAUCAUAGUCAUCUUGCUUGAAUUAGCUCAACAUCCAUCAUCCCAUUAUCUUUUUCUUAGUUCUCUGAGAAGGGGAGGGAAAGGGAAACCCCAAAUCCAGGACCUCAGUGGAUAAGAGUCAGACUCUUGGGGAGGCCCUGAGGGCUAACAGAUCACAGACACACCAUGGUGGUCAACCAUUGCCUCAUUUCAUGACGUCCAGAGUGCUCUGGGUCCUUCAGACUCUUGGCAUUGCCUGGGGGUAAGAGGAAGGGCUGGGGCAGCCCCAACUUCCCACCACUCUCCACCCUCCACUCCCACACCCACCCUUGCACUCUCUGGUGCUUUGCUUUAUGUUGCAUCAUGAUAGGUGAUGAAAUCAAUAGUCAGGCGGAUUUUACAUAUGUAUGCAACUGACUUCAGGGCCCUAGUGCACAGGGGAUGGAUCUCAAUGGGGCAGGAGUAGGGUGGAGGUAUCAGGGUGAUGCUACUAUAUUAUUCUUUCUGGCAAGGGCCUGGAUAUAACUGGCUUGGGAAUCCAUCCCCUGAUGGGGUACAUGGUGAGUAGCAUCUCCUAGGAGGAGACGGGAUCCUAGGGAAUAAAUGUUUUUAUAGGGCCUACUAUGUGUCAGGCACUGUGCAAAACACUUUUUUACUAUUAUCAUCUUAUUUGAUCAGUCAGACUCAGAUGUGGUUCAAAAGUCAGGAAUGGGUGGACAAGUCUGGGGGUGUCCAUGGACCAAGCAGGUACACAAUCAAGAAACUUCUUUAUGCCCUCUCGUGCCUUAGUUCCCAGUCUACCAGGAGUCAGAAUGUUAGAAAAUGAUAUUCCUGGAUUCGAUUUUAUCUCCUUAAACUGACCUCAGCAAUCAGAAUUCCUUCUGAACCUCAAAGACUAUGGCACCCACUGCAGACCUCAAGACUAGAAUGCCCAGAACUAUUCAUACCCCUCUAGGGAAAAACAAACAGGCAGCCUUGGGAAUUGUCUGGGAGCCAUGAGGUGAGAAAAUUGAAGCUCAAGCCAGAAGGUAUUGUACCCAUUCCAGAUAGGGAAUCCAGGAAUGUCUGGCUCCUGCUUCAAAGAAUGAGAUUUAUAGGUCCCAAACUGAGCCAUCUUCUCUUCUGUCCGGAGGGGAGUAGAUACCAAAAGGAGUAGAGCUGUAAUGUUUUGAGAGACUUUGUCUGGGGGCUACAAAAAAACAGAAAGAGGCUGGGGGGGGGAGGGGGAGUGUUGUGGCCAAGAUUUGUUUCAGUGGGACAACCCUUGCCUUUCCUUCCCUUUCCACAGAGGUUUUGAUUCUUGGAUAGCAUUACACAUGUUUCAUUCCUGGGCUUUAGCCACAAAACCACAUGACUUACUUCCUCUGGAACUAGGGCCAGAUACCUGGGAUCCAAGAAAGUUGGGGGGGUGAGAAAACUAGGAGGGAAAUCCCACCUGCUGUGAGUCACCUGCUCAGUAUAAAGGGCGGUACAGAGUGGAGAGCUUUAAAAAGACACAAGAGGCAACCCAGGGGAAGAAGAGAUAAAGAGCCAGAGAAUUCACAAGGAAGGCAAAGAAUAAAACGGAGGCAGAGCUGGGUCCCAGAUCGGUGUGAGGGAGGCCUGUGUACUCAAUAUAGAACCAGCUGCAGCCAACUUGUUAGGGAGAUGGAGUCUGGGUUCGGGGUAAUGCUGCUGUCACUGUUGCUGCUGUGGACUGCUGAAGGCCGGGUACUGCCUGGUGGAAGAAGCGUUGCCUGGGAUAGGUGCCAAGAGCUGUCUCAGAAUGUUACUGCCCUGGCCUGGGGCAUUCAGCUGCAGAUGGGAAAUCUGGAGCUACGAAGAGAGGAAGGUACUGGAGAUGCUAUUGAUGGUGUGCCCCGAAUCCAGUGUGGUGAUGGCUGUGAUCAUCAGAGUCUCAGUGCCAACAGCCAGCUUUGCUUGCAAAAGAUCCAUCGGGGUUUAAUCUUCUACAGUAAUUUGCUGAGCUCCAAUAUUUUCACUGGAGAACCUUCUCUACUCAAGGAUGGUUCUUUGGGUCAACUCCAAACAUCCCUGAUGGGCCUCAGCCAACUCCUACAGCCCAAAGACCACCUCUGGAAGAAACACCAGGUCCUGAGCCCCAGUGAGCCAUGGCAACGCCUCCUCCUUCGCCCCAAGAUACUACGAAGACUCCGAGCCUUUGCUGCCAUUGUUGCCCGAGUUUUCAGUUAUGGGGCAGCCACUCUGAGCUCCUAGAAUGGUGGAUUAACAACUCAAACAUCAGGGUGCUGACACGGAUGAGUCAGACCAUGUACAAAAUGGACAUGCAAAGAAUCAAGUAACGCUAAGUCUCACCCUUCACACAAUAAGACAUCAUGGGUGCUGAUAAGCUCCCAGCACUGAUGGUGGCCUGAAUGGCUGAGCCCCCUGUAAAGACAGAUAUUUAUUAAGGACAAAUCAAAGUAUUUAUCCCCACAGAAUUGUGGGGGAGGUUAUUUAUAUAUUUAUACUAACAUAUGAAUUCUCUUCAAUAAAUGUAUUUAUAUAU